AUGGGCGACGGGCCCGAUAUUCUCUCGGUCCCGUCAAGACUGGUACAAACCAUCGACGGGCACGAGGCCGCCGUGAACGUUGUCCGCUACAACCAUGGGUCUCGAUACGUUCUCUCGGGUUCGACGGACAGGACCAUCCGGCUGUGGAACCCGGCCAUUGGAAAAGAGAUCAAGGUGUAUAGGGGACACGCACACGAAGUGUUGGCACUCGACAUCGCCCACGACAACGCCAAGUUUGCCAGCUGCGGUGGCGACAAGAUUGUGUUUGUGUGGGACGUGGCCAGCGGCGUGGCUCUGAGGAAGCUCCAGGGCCACUUUGGAAAGCUCCAUGCUGUUGCAUUCAACAAUGACGGCGGUCUACUCGCGAGCGCCGGGUUUGACGCCAAGAUCAUGCUCUGGGACAUGCGUGCACAGGCCCGCGAUCCACUGCAGACCAUCAAGGGCGCGACCUCGUCCAUUACCAGUCUGACCAUCCCGCCAGAAUCGGUUGAGAUCAUCGCCGGAAGCCAGGAUGGGCAUGUUAGGACAUACGACAUGCGAAUGGGCAAAAUGGUCGAAGAUUGUGUCGGAGCUCCUGUCGCUGCUGUUGUUCCCUCCCCCUCGUCGCCAAGGGACACGAUGCUCGUGUCUUCCUUGGAUGGUAAACUCCGCCUGUUUGACAGGUCAAAUGGCCAGACCUUCUCCGGCCACAGAGUAUCAGAGUCUGGCCCCCGGUCUCGACCGGCCUUCAAUCGUGGUGAAGGUGCCGUGAUUGCCGGUGAUGAAGACGGACGUCUCUGGAGCUGGAAUGUGCUUGACGGCAAGCCGCUGUCGGCCGACCCUCCAGCACCACAUAGACGCGCGAUCACGGGCGUCAUUACCAACCCGAACGGCAGGGAAAUGGUGACAUGUAGUCUUGACGGCACCAUCAAAGUGUGGGCCAAGUGA